AGUAAAACGGUCCGACCUACGACUCGGAGCUGGCUGACCGGGUUCAUAUGACACUAUGAAUAUAACUAGCUAACAUCAGUUAGUUUGUUGGCUUUAGGCUCAACAAACAACUAAUAUUUAUUAGCCUAGCAUUAAAGUAGCAGCAACUACAGGAUCACCACAGACUGUGGAUGGAGUCAGCACCAAACUUUUCACUGAUUUGUAUAAUCACAGCGAGGGACCUCAGGGUUUGGGAUUCACACCGUCCUGCACACCAUCAAAAAAAAAAUGGUCAAGUAUUUCUGUAGCAGCACCGACAUCAGGAGUACAUGGGACCAUGUUGUCUCUGCUUUCUGGCAGAGGUACCCAAACCCAUUCAGCACCCAUGUUCUCACGGAGGACGUCGUGUACCGGGAGGUAACAGCAGACCACCGGCUCCUCUCCAGACGGCUUCUAAUGAAGACCAAUCGAUUGCCUCGCUGGGCGGAGCGGCUCUUCCCCGCCGGCAUGUCUCGCUCUGUGUACAUCAUCGAGGACUCCAUCGUGGACCCAGUGAACAAGAGCCUGACCACCUACACCUGGAACCUCAACCACACAACUCUCAUGUCUGUUGAGGAGCGUUGUGUUUUCCAAGGCUCAGUGGAGCAUCCAGCGACCACACAGCUGAAACGUGAGGCGUGGAUAUCCUCGAGCAUUUAUGGCUUCUCCAAACCCAUUCAGGAGUUUGGUUUGGCUCGCUUCAAGAGCAACCAGGUGAAGGCCAUGAAGGGGCUGGAAUACGCGCUGUCCAACCUGCAGGGAGAGGCGCCCCAGCGGCUGCUCAGGGACACAGUGAAGGACGCGUCAGAAAAGGCCAAAGAAGCAGCCAAGACGCUGGCUUCAGCUGCUGCCGUCCCACAGAAACCCCGGCAGUUUAUCUGAAAGCACUGUGUGUUUGUGUGUCUGUGUGUGUGUGUGUGUGUGGACUCGGCAUGAUUGCCUUUGAUCAUCUCGAUCAUCUUGAAGUUUUGCUGUAUGCUCGCUGUUUACGAUUUCUCUUAAUAAGAAACAGUCUGACUCCUCUGUCGGGUUACCUCUGCUGACAAAUCUGCUGUCAAAGACGAUUAUAAACAUCGUUAUUAUCAGCACAUAUGCUUUCUUCUCAUUGGCUCUUUCAAGUUUAUUAUAUUUAUUAACAUAUCAUUUAUUAUUGAGCUCCAGCUAAAAGCUCAAAUUAGACCAAAUCACGAUCACGUGACUUUGUAAUUUUAAUUUAACUUCAUCGGUUAGUUAUCAGAGCUGUAGUUGAAUGCUUAACUGUACUUAAAUGCUUUACGGUUCAUUUUUUCAGGUUUGACACUGCAAUAAACUGCAGAGAAUAUCUGUUACAGGUGUCAGCACACAGCGUCUGCUGUAAUAUCGUUCUUAUGUUUGGAAAGCAUAUAUGUUUCUGCCAGCAGGUCUGUACUGAUGCAUGGAUAAUCACAAGAAAAUUUAAAGCUUUAGUAAAAUCUUCUUUACUGUUGAAGUUUAUUUUAUUGUAAACCAGGGGUGUCAAACUCUUUGUUGUGGCAGCAUAGAGAGUAAUUUUAUCUUAAGUUGGUCGGACCAGUGAAACUACAGUACUGCCUAAUAAAGUCUUAAAAACACACUGCCAGUUGUUUGCCCUUUAGAUUCAGCGUAAAGAAGUUUAACUACGCGCUUAAACGAUGAUGUGUUAUGAACAUGAAGUGCAAUUUUAAAUAUAUCUGUUGUUCUGCAUUAUGAAAAACAAGGACGGCUGUUUGGCUUUCACGUUAAGGAAUAAUAGCAUAAAUUAACAGAAAAAGGGUCUUUUUGUUCUGUAAUAUAACAGAAUUUUUUUUUCUGGAUGAAAUGAAAUGAAUAAAUAAGAGAUCUUUACUGUUAAUUUUAUAGAAUAAUUUUAUUAUUUUUGUUUAGGUGUAUUAUGCUAUGCUGUGCGUGAUGUUUUUGUCAGUAAUAAUAAAAUAAUAAAACUGACAAAUGCAGUGAAAUGUCAAAAAUGUAAGUUUUUCUUCUAAACCCAUCUGCUGGGCCGGAUUGGACACUUUUGGUGGGCCGGUUCUGGCCCCCGGGCUGUAUGUUUGACACCCCUGUUGUAAACUGUUUUCAACAACUGCAUUCCCUUCAGGAUGGAAUCGACUGGAUUUGUUUUUUCGCUCCAACAUUUUAUUUAUCAUUAAAAAUUAUUCAUGUGAUGUAUUUUUAAGAAGUCUUUAGGGUUUUGUGCUGUAAGAUGUCCAUAAAUCUCUGGACUUUCAGUUUAAUAGCUAGACAUGUUUUGAAGCUCGUCAGUGUUAAGCUGAGAUUUAAUAAAAGUUUGACGAGUUAUUUGUCGAAUUAA